UCAUGCUGCUGCCAGGUCCAGAGUGUGUCAUGGGUCCCUGUACGGCCUCCCAUUGCUGCUGUCUCCAUCGCCACACUCUGCCAUGUGCCACUUUCAGGUCUCCUCACACUGCUGGUGGGUUCCAUUUUGUCAUAGGGGGCUGGCAGAUUACGGGCCUCCCAUUGCUGCUGCCAGGGGCCCCUAAUUCUGGUCCAAGGCCCCCGAUACCGACUCCUCAGGCGCUGCUGCCAUGGCCGUAAUCUAUCAAAGCCGGGCCCCUCAUCAGCUGCUGCCCCAGGUCCACAGGUGUCUUGACAUGGGUCCCUGUACGGCCUCCCAUUGCACUGCUGGUCU